CAUUGGAGAAGAAAUCGGAGUUUUGUCUCUUUCAAUCUCCCACCUCAAGAUUUUGAGGCUCCAGAGGAACCGAGACCUUCUCCUCUAUCUUCGGGGCUUCUUCUUCUCCCAUCUCAGCUUCACGUUUCUCAUUUCUCACUCCUCAUUUCUCAGCAUUCCAUGGCAGCUUCCACUUCCAAUGCCGUUCUUCUCGGAGAUGUCUACUUUGACGAAGUCACCGCCAAGCCCUCCGGCGUUCGCUUCCGGGACAGGACGCGCCGCGCCGCUUUGCGAGCUACCGUCAAUCUCACAAGAUUGCAACCCUUGAACAGUCUUUUGAACUUCGGGUGCUCCACCUCCAAUUCAACUUGGAGGAGUUGGAAUCCGAGCUCGCUCCUUGUUGGAACCAAGCGCCCCUCCUUUCCUUGCUGCUCCGCCGAUACAGCGCCUCAUGUUCAACACCUUUCCUCCUCCACAUUUUCACUCGACCAAACAAAUUUUGGUCCUGAGAAGUUGAAGUUGUUUUCGGGGUCAUGUUACCUACCACAUCCGGAUAAGGAGGACUAUGGUGGAGAGGAUGCACAUUUUAUUUGCGUAGAUGAACAAACAAUUGGUGUUGCAGAUGGUGUAGGUGGCUGGGCAGAUGUUGGUGUUAAUGCUGGACUGUUUGCUCAAGAACUCAUGUCCCAUUCUGUUAGAGCAGUUGAAGAGGAACCAAAAGGUUCUGUUGAUCCCGCGAGUGUUUUAGAGAAGGCUCACUCAUUUACAAAGGCAAAGGGUUCAUCAACAGCUUGUAUCAUUUCCCUUAGUGAUACGGGACUGCAUGCCAUUAAUUUAGGUGACAGUGGGUUCAUUGUGAUUAGAGAUGGAUGCACCAUUUUCAGGUCCCCUGUUCAACAGCAUGACUUCAAUUUUACGUAUCAACUGGAGAGUGGCAAUGGAUGUGAUCUACCCAGCUCUGGUGAGGUAUUCAAAAUAUCUGUUGUGCCAGGAGAUGUUGUCGUUGCUGGAACAGAUGGAUUGUUUGACAAUCUGUACAAUGAUGAGGUUGCUGAAGUUGUUUUGAAGGCAGUUAGAGCUGGACUAGAACCCCAAGUAACUGCUCAGAAGAUAGCAGCACUGGCUCGUCAGCGAGCACUGGACAGGAAUAGACAGACACCAUUUGCUACUGCCGCCCAAGAGGCUGGGUUCCGUUAUUAUGGUGGGAAGCUUGAUGACAUAACAGUUAUAGUGUCAUACAUAACUGGCUCAACAUAUGUAGGAUGGGGUUUUGCAUAGUUCAUGUGUUUUGAUAUGUAGCUUCUUUUAUGGAGCUUGCAUGUGAUGCUGUUUGAUCAGGGGUUUAAUUACUGGUGCAAUACGGGGAUGUAGCUCUGUGAGGGGUCAAAACCAGGGGAUUGGAGCGUAUGCUGAGAAGGUUUCAUGGUAAUAAACAAGGGAAUGUUGGUAGAGAUAUUGCAGGGGAAAAUUGUCAUCUGCAACCACUACUAAAUGCAAGCAUAACCCCGAAACUCAAGCAAAUACAAAAUGAGUACACGGAAAGGAGGAAUGAUCCCCCUCCCCCAGAAACCGGUAGCAAAUGCCCCAAUGGUCCUUUACUUUUAUUUAUGUUCUAGGAUUAUCAUGGUUGAAAAGUUUUGUUUAAAAAUAUAUUUCCAUAGACAUUUAUAUAAGUAAAUAAGAAAGAAAAAUAGAAAAACCUUUUUCCAUAAA